GUUGAGCUCCGAAGUUUUGAAGCCUAGUGGAAGAUCCUGAUGGGCGCAGUGGUCGCGAGGCUUCUUCAUUUUUGUUGAUCCGUCGUUGUCGGCAUUUGUUAUCCUAUAUGGUUCGGUUGGUCGGGGGGAAAGGCAUUGCGGAGGCUUCGCUGCGAUUUGUGGCAUCUGUCCUCCGACUCAACGUUCGGUACUCGGCACCGUUUUCCUUCUCCUUUUCCCUCCUCUUGUGCUGCCAAAACCUCCCAAAUCGCGCUCCUCACCCCCAAUCGAAACCCAACCAACGCACCGCCUUUGGCCCCAAAUCCGACGCCGCCGCCUCGCGCCCCACCGAACCUCCUUAGCGCCACCGCCAAUCACCCUCUCCGGCUCCACAAUGGAGGACGGCGACAUCACGGCCAGGGCCAAGCGCAUCGUCGAGCUCAAGAGAGAUGGGCACAUCGCGGCGUCGCUGGAGAAGGCCGAAGCCCUCGCCGCGGAGCACCCUAGGUCCCUCACCGCCGUCUGCCUCCAGGGGGACCUCCACUAUUCCGCCGCCAUCGGCGCCCGCGCCGCUACCGCGGGCUCGGAGGAGGAGCCGGCCGACGCGGAGUCGCACCUCCGUCGAGGUCGCGACGCGCUCUUGAUGGCGAAGUCGCUCGCCCCCGACAACGCCGACAUCGCAGUCGCGUUAGCUGACCUCCUCGCCGAGUCGUCGAUGUACCUCGAGGCAGAGGCGGAGCUGCGUCGCGCUAUGGACAUGGACGCCGCAGCAGCGCCCAAGUCCUCCCAGAGCCCAGUCUCCUCCACUCCGCGCGAGAGGAGGCAGUCCUAUGAAAGGGUGAUCAAUCGUCUAGUUGCGCAUGAGGCAGGGAGGCUCAUGGACGUCGCCAAGAGCGACGACGUUGCUGCAAAGCGCAAGCUGCAGGCGCUGCAGGCGCUGAAGGAAGCAAGGGAUCUCGCCAAGCGCUUCCCGGGCUCGGCGCGUGCACGGUUAUUGGGCCCCUUCCUAGAGCUCGAGUAUAUGCUUGCCGCUUCCCGGGAGCAUAAGGAUCCUGCCUGGAGCAAAGGCUUGGAACGCCUUGUCUGCGAUGCAGUAGGAGCAGCCAAGGAAUUCCCCAAUUCUACCGCUGCUGCUUUGUUUCAGGCGCGACUUCUGUUCGUUUGUGGCAAUCACAUUGAUGCAGAGGGCGAGUGCCACCGAGCCCUUGCACUGAAGCACCCUACAGACCCGGUGGAAGAUUGCAUUCCGACUGGGUCCAUCAGAGGACAGGAUUCUCAAAGCAGGUUGAGUUCGGUCACCGGGCUGUUCCAUGAUUUACUUGACAAGAUCCUGCAGUUUGCUGAAUCAUUCUGGGAAAACUGUUUGACAUCUGAGAAGAGGCAGAGUUUCUUGUCCGUGAGAAUUGAUGCGCUAGAGAACGAAUGCAGGAUGGUUGAACACUCGUAUGAUUUCAGUGUAUCAAGCGCUUGUAGCUUCUUCAAGGAGCAUAAGUCUUGGAGGUCCUGGGUGUGUCUCCUGUGCAGUGCAAAGCAUACAAGCACUAGAUCGCUCCUGAAGCACAUGGUGAAGAAACAUUCACGGUCAGUAUUGCGGAGGCUACUGGACAUUGUAGAUCCGACAGUUGAGCCAGAGAGCGAUUGUCUCCUGGAAGGCUUGUUGUUGUGCAAGGACUCGGAGAAUCAUGAUACCAUCUGCUUCAAAGAAAGGGAUGAGAUGUUCAGAUUACUUUUCUUGGAACCGAACCGUGGAGAAGUAGCAAAGCCAGUGGACAAAUUUCAUCAAGACCAGCAGAGCCAAGGAACUCUACUCCUGGAGAACAUCAAGAAGAACAUGGCGAAUUUGCCUACGCAUAAAUCCACAACAUAUGAGUCAAGUAACCUGCAAGAAAUCAGAGAGUUCUGGCUUCAGUUCCUCAAAUGUGCUGUUCUGGACUAUGGAAAAUCCAUCGUGACACUGGCGCACUCAUAUCUUUGGGAUGAAUUUAGAAAAUGUAUGGCUGGAGAUGGAGAAGCCCUACGUCAAAAGAUGUCUGCGGAUGAUAUUGAGACCACCUUUUCCACUCACAGUGUUGUUGAUAAAGAGACAAUGAAAGAGGAAGUGCUCUAUCAAACAGGUGCAGGUUCUGUUGGUUUCCUCCGGUUACCGAAAUAUCAUAAUACUGGCGAAAGGUUUAUGCUCACUUAUGUCUGAGAAGAGAAAUGAUUUCUGCAUAAAAGCAUUAUACAACAUAUAAUUUGGUAGUGAACAGGAUUUCAGAAGCACUUGUUCCAACCAUAUUUGAGUAUCUUUUUCUUAUAUAUUAUUAUUCUCUGUAUUCAAUUAUGUUCAUACAAAGUCAAAGGUUAAUUAUGAUCUCAAAGCAGGAGACACACCAACUCUUACUGCUGACUAAGAUACUCGCGACUCCCCAAGUUCAAACUCUCAUGACAUCAAUUUGGUGGAUAUUAUCCUCAGGACAUUAUGGUGCAUGGAGCCUCUCAUUGAUGAAGUUAUGAAGACAGAGCCUAUCUGCUCCAAGCAUGGCCACGGUGAACCAUGUGUCGGUGUCAUCGUUGACAAGAUCUUACAAUUAUGGGACAAGGCAGAAGAUCACCAGCAACAACUGCUAUCUCUAGCCAACGCAGUGUGCAGAACCUUGGAGGAUGACAAUUGCUUUGACGAGCGGCAGGACAAAAGCAAGCAUGUAUCUGAUAUUACAGUAGCCAUUCUUAAUGGACUACACUUGCCAGAUGUUUGUUUACAUCUUGGAAUCGUGUCUGAUACCAUGAGGCCAGAAACGAAAGCUUUUGUUUGCAAGUAUCAUGACCCUCUUGAUCUGAAGCCCAUGAGGCCAAUGGGCUGUGGUUGCAAAACAUGUUCACCUGGAGAACUUUGUGCAGAUCCAAGCAAGCUCGAGCACAUAUGCAAACAGUGCAGUUCUGCUGCUCUGAAGGACCCAUACUCAGCUGUUGUCAUACAUUGGCCAAUGAAGAUGGAAGUUCAGCAAUCACUGGCGGAAAUAUGGGAUGAUACUCUUCAACCUCUAAUGACAUUUCAAUACAACCAUGGCACAAUAUUUUACGGCUUAGCCGCAAUGGUAUGUUCAUAAUAAUAUCUAUAAAAAUCAAUUUGAUUAUGGCCCUGAACCGUUAAUGAUUAUGUUUUGAUCUUGACAUUAAUGUAUUACGAGGAAGGGGAAAUAUUGUUUGAUAUGAAUAGCCAUGAAAAACUAUGCAUGGUUUGUUUUGAGAUGCACACACAGUAUCUUAAAACCCAACUUGGAUGCACCGGUAUUUUGAAAAGGCCGUAGAGAUGUGCUAUGUUUUUCCGUGGAAUGUUGGAAUCGCCAUGAAGUCUGAAUUGAGGAUAUUAUUCCGAAGUCACAUGAGAAUAUAUUUUAAGGCCAAGGUUAAAGGAGAAGGACAAACUUGCAGAUAUCUUCCCAUCUUAUAUGCACAUAUGCUAAUAUAUUCCUGCACAUAUCCAAGUAUAAGCCAUCGGAUAUUAUUUCUUUACAGAUAUGCUAUGUGGACAAUGAGCCCAUUGGCAUGCUCGAUGUGAAAGUGGAUGGGUCAUGUUUGAUGCAUGCAGAGAAAUCAACAGGUGUGAAGGGCCCUGGGAGGAUUUGCUUGCUAUGUGCAGGGACGGCACUCCGGCAAUUCUAUUUUACAAGGUCAUCAAAUAGAUUGACUGAGGUAGUCCAGGUUGCCCUAGACCUGUUCCUAGCUCGUGCGCUCUGUAUUCGCAUCCCAUGUCCUUCACCUGAAGAUUGAGAUUUGUUGAUUAUAAUGAUUUCUGAGAAUGCCCCUCUGCUCGUCCGAUGCGUGACAAGGAGCUUAAUAUGAUAAGCUGAGAUGGAGUAAACCGUUACGCGGCCUGCGUGCUUUUUUUUGCGAGUGAAAAUAGGCGGCCUGCGUGCUGAUUGGUGGAAAACCCUCCGGGGCCACUUGUAAUGUGUGAGCAAGAGACCGAGUCGAAGCCUCCUUAGUACUACAGUAUUAAGAUGGGUUCUCUAUCCUGUAGCGUUCAGGUUGCCCAAACAUAUAAUGUACUAUGUCUCUCCAUCUCCCAA